AGCAGCAUGACAGUGCAACAUCUAAACUAGAGCCACAGCUAUACACUUAUAUGUGCGAAGAGGGGCGAGAGACCUUGAAAAUCAUAGAGAGAAAGAGAGAGGGAGAGGUAAGUUAAAUAGAAAGAGAAAAUACGGCAGAGAAACUGUAAUAGUGACAGGAGAGAUGCGCGUAGGGGUGAAGUGGCUUUGUCGGAGGAGCUGAGCCGUGCCGCUCACACACAUACACACACACACACACACACUUCCAAAUCUCAGGACUCCCAAGGAAGGAGGAGAGAAUGAAGAAACACUCGGCUAGAGUGGCUCCUCUCAGCUCUUACAGCACUCAGGUGCUCACCUGCCCCAUUUCUGAAGGAGAGGAUGGCUCAGAAUCGCAAGCAGAAACUCCAGUCAGUGAAACCAGUGGAGAUGGCACUGCAUAUCAGGCCUGCACCAACACAGUACUCAAGGUGCUGGGAGGCCUGCUGGUGGUGUUGUGCGUCUCCUCGUCCUGGGUGGGCACCACACAGAUGGUCCAGCUCACGUUCAAGUCCUUUUCCUGUCCUUUUUUCAUCACCUGGUUUAGCACCAACUGGAACAUCCUCUUCUUCCCCCUCUACUACUCUGGGCACGUGGCCACCACCAGAGAGAAGCAGACACCCAUUCAGAAAUUCAGGGAAUGUAGUCGCUUGUUCGGGGAGGAUGGAAUGUCUCUGAUGGUGUUUCUGAAGAGAACAGCACCCUUCUCUAUCCUGUGGAUGCUGACAAACUAUAUGUACUUGUUGGCACUGAGAAAACUAACUGCCACAGACGUUUCAGCGCUCUACUGCUGCCACAAGGCCUUCGUCUUCCUCCUGUCAUGGAUCGUCCUGAAAGAUCGUUUCAUGGGUGUGCGGAUUGUGGCUGCCAUCAUGGCCAUCACGGGCAUUGUCAUGAUGGCAUAUGCUGAUGGUUUCCAUGGGGAUUCCUUUAUGGGUGUGGCCUUAGCUGUUGGCUCUGCCUCCACUUCAGCUCUCUACAAGGUGCUGUUUAAGUUGUUCCUCGGCAGUGCCAAUCUGGGCGAGGUGGCUCAUUUCUUCUCUACAAUGGGCUUUUUCAACCUCAUCUUUAUCUCCUGCGUUCCCCUCAUCCUCUACUUUACCAGAGUGGAGCACUGGGGUUCCCUCUCAUCUUUGCCCUGGGGUUAUAUGUGCGGUGUGGCCGGCCUUUGGCUAGUAUUUAACAUCCUGGUCAAUGUUGGAGUGGUGCUCACAUAUCCUAUUCUCAUAUCUAUCGGAACGUUACUCAGUGUUCCUGGCAAUGCAGCCAUUGACGUGUUGAAGCACGAAGUGAUAUUCAGUGUGGUGCGUCUGGCUGCCACCUGCAUCAUCUGCCUGGGCUUCCUGCUGCUCCUGCUCCCUGAAGAGUGGGACACAGUCACCCUGCGCUUCCUCACUGCACUGGCUGACAAAAAAACGGAGGAGCACGGCGAGGAGCUCACCGAGUCCAGCAUCCACACACGCAGCCGGAGUAGAGCCAACGGAGCCAUAUCAAUCCCUUUGGCAUGACCUUUAACCUGUCAGAGACCUAGGAAUGAGUAGCCAGUGGUCAAUAUAGAUCCAGCAUGCAGCAGCAUUUGGGCAAAUAGAACGGUCUGGUUAUAUUCAAGGUUUUUGAAAGAAUGGAGGGGUCUUGAAGACAAACAGCAAAGUGGAGAGGAAUGAUGGUAUUUUCUUUAACAAUAACCACAUCAGCCAGUAAGAACAGAUUUCAAAAGAGACCAGAACAUGCUGUUACUGGCCUCCACUUUAAUGGAGAUAACAUUUAAGAGAUUUAUUGAGUGUUCCGAGAAUAACGUCUCGCCCUCUUAAAGGGAUAGUUCACCCAAAAAUGAAAAUUCUCUUAUCAUUUAUUCACCCUGAUGUGGGAUGGCAUGAGGGUGAGUAAAUGAUGAGAGCAUUUUCAUUUUUGGGUGAACUAUCCCUUUAAAGAAAUAGUUCACCCAAAGAUGAAAAUUAUGUUAUUAUUUACUCACCCUUAUGUCGUUCCAAAACCAUAUGCUGUUCUUAUUUCUUUCUGUAAAACACAAAAGUAGACAUUUUAAAGAAUCUUUACACAGUUCUUGCCAUACAAGAACAAUUUUUAUUGCAUGCCACUCUGGAAUACUUGAUUCUGAUUGGUCAAUGGCAGUACCUGGCAGUCUGAUAUCGCUGAGUAACAACUGAACAUUCGGGGAUUAAGACGUGUUAGACUGGUUAUCUGGGUAUUGUGAGUAACCUCUUCUGCUUCUCGGAUCACUGUGCGAUCUCUACAAGUAAGCUUAUAAAAUAAUGUAAAAUCAAAUCAAUGUUUCAUGUCCAGUUAUUUAUUUAUUGGGCAAUUAGUCUUGCAAUAGACUGAAUAAUGAGGAAUCAGACAGAAAUGGAUUUCAACUGUUCAGCGAUUUAUUUCUUCUCACAUAAUUAUAUAAUUUCAGCGCAAAUCAAUAUUUUAUGUCCAUUUAUGCAGUAUAUUUAGCCGUGUAAGCGGGAUAAUGUACAGUCAGCCAGUUGUUAUUGCAAAAUAAACCCCUUCAGGAUAAUACAAGAUAAUCAAGAUACAAGAUACCUGACCACCCUGUCUGGGUUUAUUUUGCAUUUACAACGGGCUAACUGUACAUUAUACCUUACAAAGUGAACAUGUCUGUUAAGCUCCAAAAAGGACAACAACAAUAAAAACACCAUAGUCCAUACGACUCUUUUAGGAACAGACUGAAAUUUAAGUCGUUAUUCACUGAUUAUCCUCACUUCUGCCAAAGCUUGAUUGUCUGCGUCCAGAUUAAAAAAAUGGUAUGUCAACGUCAUUAAAGGCAAAGUGGCAUUGGUUCUCAUGUGUAGUAACAGAACAUGAUUCAAAAGCAGAGCUAGACGUGAGCUAUGGCAGCGGUAGACAUUAUCAGUGAAUAACAACCUCAGUUUUGGUGUAUUCUUCACACCAAGCUUUCGUAUGACUUCAGAAGACUUGGAAUAUAGCGCAUCUUUUAUGGUCCUUUUUGGAGUGUGACAGCCAUGGUCACUGUGAUCUGUCAUUGUAUGUCAGGAACGGUGGGGAAUUUAUUUAUUUAUUUAUUUUUUUCAGAAUUUUCAUUUGUGGGUGAACUACUCUGUUUUCAAACAGGGGUAUUUACUGACAGUAUUUAUUUAUUUUUUACAAAAGGGAUCUAGUAUUCUCUUCUUUAAGUGAGGGCCUUACAUUUCUAUGGGCAGAUUAACUCAUCCAGUACAUAGAAAUGAAUGGACUUUCAGAUUAUCUCUAUGCACGCAAACCCUGCACCCCCCAGCCAGCCCUCCCCAUGGACUGUAUUCUGUGAAUAUAGACCCUGUCAGGGACAGUUUGGAUCAAUGUACACAUGAAUGCUUUCAGAAAUCGGAUAAACUGUAUAUGUAUAUGAAAUACAAGGAAUAUUUGCAUUGUACGUAGUAGUGUUAGAUUGUGUAUAUGUAGAAGAAAUAUAUUAUGCUUUAAUGAAUGAACUUACAUUUCCUUUUAUAAUA